CUCCUUGAUUUCAUUUCGGGAAUCUCAGCAGGUCACGCGAGCGGCAUCUUCUAACAGCAAAGUCACAGAGACACCAUCCACCAUGGCCUCAACCACACCCUCCACAGACAUGGAAGAGGAAGUCAGGUGCCCCAUUUGCUUGGAGUAUCUGACUGACCUCGUGACCCUGGAAUGUGGCCACAACUUCUGUCGGGCCUGCAUCACUGACUACUGUGAAACAUGGGAAAAACAUGGGGACUUGGAGUGUCCUGUUUGUAGGUUCCCAAUCAAGAAAGGAGAUUUCCGGCGAAACUGUCAGUUGGCCAAUAUAGUUGAAAAGCUCAAACUCCUUCACAUAAAGCCAACGAAAGAACCUCUUUGUAUAAAACAUAAGAAGGAACUCAACCUCUUUUGCAUAGAGGAUGGAGAAUUAGUUUGUGUUGCCUGUGAGAGGUCCCCAGAGCACAGAGCACAUGUUGUACUUCUCCUGGAAGAGGCUGUCUCUGAAUACAAGGAAAAAAUGAAGGCUCGUCUGAUAUCUCUGGAGAAAGAGAGAAAAAAUCUUGUGGCUCAGAAACUGGCUGAAGAGCAGGGAAUUCGGGAAUGUCUGGCACAAUUAGAACUGGAGAAGAAGAAAACCAGGUCUGCAUUUAUGCAAAUGCAUAACUUUCUUGAACAAAAAGAGCUCCUUCAGCUAGCCCAAUUGGAAGAUCUGGAGGAAAAGUUCAAGACUAGGCUGGAAGAAAACAUCACCAGACUUUCGGAAAAGAUUUCCAGUAUUAGUAGCCUGAUUGCCAUAGCUGAGGGGAAGUGGGAGCAACCGGCAAGAGAAUUUCUGCAGGAGACCAGAAGUGCCUUAAGCAGCUAUGAAAAGGAGCAAGGGAGGCAGCUGAUAAAAUGUUCUCCAGAGCUGGAGGAGAGACUCAAAAAAUUUUCUCAGAACAAUUGUAUUCUAAAGAAGGCAAUGGAAACAUGUGAAGAGACUCUGGAGCAAGCACUGAUAAAACUUAAUUGCUACCCAGAAAAGGAAGGGAUCUUUCCGCUAAGCCUUGGGGAUGACAUUCAACAGCCCCCAAAGGCACCGAAGAAAGUGAAUGUAAUUCUGGAUCCAGACACAGCUCACCCCCGCCUUAUUCUGUCUUGGGAUCUGAAGAGUGUGAAAUGGGAAAGCACAUAUCGGACUGACCUGCCUGACAACCAUGAGAGAUUUGACCUUAUGCCUGGUGUGCUGGGCUGUGAGACAUUCACUUCAGGAAGUUAUUGGUGGGAAGUAGAAGUGGAUUUGAAGGGGGAAAUGUGGGCGCUUGGCAUUGUGCGGGAGACUGUCAGGAGGAAAGGAGAAAUCAGACAUUCUCCUAAUGAGGGGAUCUGGGUUAUGGGGAAAACAAGUCACCCGUGGGUCCCUUUUAACUACUGGGCUUUUACAUCCCCUAACUGGACCCCUUUGCUCCUGAGGCAUAAUAACCCCAGGAAGAUCAGGGUGUCCCUGGAUUAUGAAAAGGGUACUGUGGAAUUUUUUGAUGUCGGUAACAACAAAUCAAUCUUCACUUUUCAUUCACUUUCAUUCAAUGGGGAGGGGAUUCGUCCCGCUUUCUUUUUAUGGAGACAAGCUAGAAUAACCUGUGGAAUCUAGAGUGGAAUGCCCACCAUUAUCUGUGCUUCCAUCACCCUGAAAGGAAGUGUCGCUCCAACGCUUUCUCGUUAUUUCACGACAGCCAGGCAAAAUCAUGCUGGUUUUCAAAAAUACCUACUGUUCCCAUCUAUCAGGCAAAAGUUGUGGAAGAAUCAAUGUAAAAACUCAAAU